AGAGUGGGCGGGCCCUUUCAAUAGGAAGCGCUGUUGAAUCGGUACAUUGCGUGUUGUCGAGCCGGUAUCUUUAAUGUUCGUUCAAAACCCAGUUUAGCACUUUUUCAUAGCGUAUUUAAGUAGUUAGAAACGUUUGUUUGGUUUAAGGAUGAUAUACUUAAGUGGGCUUUCUGUGGCACUGGCCCUGGCGCUGGUGCCGAGCUGCACUGAAGCUUUGAAGGAUGGAGAGUGUGAAGUCUGUGUGGGUUUCCUGGAACGGUUUUACCAGACGCUACAAGACAACGACGUCAAGUUCAACAGUGACUCCAUCGAAAAAGCUCUUCUAAUAUCUUGCAAAGAGGCCAAAGGAAAAGAAAACCGAUUUUGUUAUUAUAUAGGGGCAACAAGUGAUGCAGCAACAAAAAUAAUCAAUGAAGUUUCCAAACCGAUGAGUUACCAUGUGCCAGUGGAAAAGAUUUGUGAAAAGCUCAAAAAGAAGGACAGUCAAAUCUGUGAACUGAAAUAUGAUAAACAAGUUGACUUGAGUUCCGUCGACCUAAAGAAGUUGAAAGUGAGAGACCUGAAGAAAAUUUUGGAGGAAUGGGGCGAAUCCUGCAAAGGAUGUGUGGAGAAAUCCGACUUCAUCCGCAAGAUCAAUGAGCUAAUGCCCAAGUAUGCGCCCAAUGCAGCCAAGGCACGGACAGAUCUGUAAACUCGCAGGGAAUUAUGGGACCAAGGCAGCGGCCAAAGGCAUUUAGGGUGGAAGAUUUGCGCUGUGCAGCCGACAGACCACCUAACAGUGGGGUUUGCAUUGUGUUGUCAUUUUACCAUGUACUCCAGGGGUAAACAUCAAGAAACCAAAUAAAUGCACUUCCAUAAAAAUACAACCUUUAAUUUAUAACUUGCAUUGUGUUAGUUCUGACUAAUAUCCAACACAACUUGUGUUUGCCUCCUGAUGUUAUGGGAAACAUGUUUGACACACUUUGCCUAGUUUGAUUUUCAUUUUCUAUUCUUUUUUUGAGGGUAUAGACUUCCUUAGUUGGCACAUUAUAUGACAUAUAAUGAAUGAAAGUCUCAUCUUCAAAAUGUGUGGGUCAGUUUGAGUGGACUUUGCUGUAAAAUGUUUAAUACAGUUAUACGGUCUUUUUCAUUAAAAGAAGAAAAGAAAUCGGUCUUGU